GCCAAAUUUUGAACUCUGUCGAAGGACAUAAAAAUUACAGUAGUGCCAGUAGUGAGAUUUUGUCAUUAUGUCUGAAGAAAGAAACAGAAAGAGAAGUUUGUCAUCUCAAGACGACAAAGAAACAAGAAAACGGAGAAGUAUUUGUGAAGAUAAUCAAGAGGAAAGAAUACCUGCAAUAACAGUGACAUCUCCAUCAUUUUUAGAAGAUGCUUAUGGAAAUUCUAAUAUUAAUACAAAAGACGAAUUAUUAGUGAAAGAAACAACAGAAAAAAUUGAAAACAUUGACCUGCAUGAAAACAAAAAACAAAAUUUAUCUGACUGUGAUAAAAUCACUUUUAAAUCACCUGAAAAUGUUUCUAAGUCAUGUGAAAGUGUUAGUACUAGUAUCUCCACGAAUAAUCCACAAAAUAUUCCAGUUGAAACACCUGCAACCAAAUUUGUGUCAACAGAAGUCAACAGAAGUAAAGCACAUAAAACAAUGGCGUCUGUGAGUGACAGCGUGUUUUCUGAAGGAUCUGUACUGAGAAGUGUAAGUGAAUGUGAUAGAGAUGAAUCAGAUGAGGAUCCACUAGAAGAAUAUGAAACACAGUAUUUUGGAUUUACACCAAAAUCUUUCAUGAAUGGAGUGUAUAAUGCAUUAGCAGAGUAUAUCAGAGAAAGUCUGGCUGCUCUAGCAGAAUAUAUAAAAUCCCAGUAUCCAAAUGAAAUGACAUCCACUCAACUGCAAGAAGGAGAAGAAAAUAUGAUGAAAUAUAUCUUAAGGAAGUUAAACAGAUCUUUUGAUAUUUUAGAGCAAUAUUUAAUGACAAAUGUUUUUAAAAUCCCUGAACAUGUUGUAUUACCCGAAGAUCAAGCACAAGCAGGCAACCAGUAUACUACAGAAGAUGAAAAACAAAUUGAUCUAGAAAUUAAACAGCUUGAGGACAAAUUACUCACAAUAAGAUAUGCAAAUGGUAUACUUCGACAAGACCUUGCAGAGAUGGAUCAAGUACAGUCUAUCUUUGAUAAGUCCUUUAAACAGCUAGAAACUUUAGAAGAAAUGACCAGCCAAUGUGGAAUUUCCGAUAUAAAAGAUAACACACUUAAAGCCAUCAGUCAAGUGAAGAAGAUGAUCAAUAUAGUACAGAGUUUAGAACAAGCAAAGACAGAAACAUGAUGUGUCAAUCAUAAUUACUUUUUAAUGCAAAAAUCUUGAAACAUUCAUCAUAUUUUUGCAACAUUAAAAAUGUGUUCAUUAUAUGUACUAAAAAUGUUAAUUGCAAAAAAAUAUUGUAUCAUUUUCACAGUAAUUAUUGAUCAAUUGACAGUUAUUUCAGAUUGAAUAGGGACAAUACCAGUAUAUCUUAUUGUCCCUGGCAUAACGUGUUUUGGGGGACAUUGAAAUACUGGGCGUCCGUCGUUCAGGUCUUUUUGGCGCUGUCACAGGUACAAUUCUUGCCAGAUUUUUAUAAAACUUAAACUAUAGGUUAAUAUCAGCAAUAUCUAUGACUAGUUGUAUAAUGGUGGACGAUCUACUUUUUUAAAUAGAGUUAUGCCCCUUGGAAAUAUUAAAUUUAUGGAAAAUGUCCUCGUUAGCGCUCUCACGGGUACAAUUCUUGCCAGAUUUUUAUAAAACUUAAACUGUAGGUUAAUAUCAGCAAUAUCUCGGACAAGUUAUAUAAUGGUGGACGAUUUACUUUUUUUAAAAGAGUUAUGCCCCUUGGAAAUAUUAAAUUUAUGGAAAAUGGCCUUGUUAGUAUCUCACGGGUACAAUUCUUGCCAGAUUUUUAUAAAACUUAUACUAUAGGUUAAUAUCAGCAAUAUCUUGGACAAGUUUUAUAAUGGUGGACGAUUGACUUUUUUUUUUUAAAGAGUUAUGCCCCUUGGAAAUAUUAUAUUUAUGGAAAAUGGCCUCGUUAGCACUCUCACAGGUACAAUUUACUUUCUACUGUUUAAAUAUGUAUAUAUUUGAAAAAGAAAUUGAUUGUAUAUAUAAAAUAUUGCAAAAGCCAUAAACUAGUUUAACCUUUCAACUUUUUGAAUGUGCUGUUUAACCGAAAAGGGGAGUCAUAGUUGUUACUGUUCCAGCAUAAUCUAAAUUUUCUGAUAUGAUUUUUUCAGAAUAAAUGAAUAUGAUACAUUAUUGAUGUUUGGUAUACACUGGGUAUAAGCAUUUGUGUUUCUCAUGUAAUGAGAAAUGAUCUCUUGUAAUUAGAUGCAUAAUGUUGGGUGCCAAAGGUCAACCCUAAAAUUUGGUGACCUUGACCUUUGCUUUUUGCAUGAAUGGCUUGGUUAAGGUCUAAGUAUCUUCAAAUCAUAAAUAAAAGAUCUUAUGUAAAUUGAUGCGUUCUGUUUGAUAAAAAAUGUUUUAAAUAGAAUCAGGUGAUAUUGACAUUCAUUUACGCAUGAAUGGUUAUAUUGUUAUUGUUAAGGUCUAUAUCCAAGCAACUAUGAAUCAUAGAGGAAAUAGCUUUUGUCAGUUGAUGAAUCACUCUUGCUUAGUGAUGAAGGUCCACACUAAAAUAAGGUCAUCUUGACCUUCACUUUAUGCAUUAAUCGUUUUGGUUAAGUUUUGUAUAAAGGUCAAGAUUUUAGCAACUACAAAUCAAGAAAUAAUCUUUAAUUGAUUAAUGCAUCAUUUUAUUGGCAAAUUUAGGUCAACUUUGUCAGUGGUUUAUGUUUGGAAUAGAAUCAAAAGAAAUAGAUAAGGGCUGAGAGGAUAUGCUGUUAUUUAUGAUGGCUCCAUUUCUUUUUCUUUUUUUCUUUUUUAUCUUUUUAUAUAAUGCUAUGAAUGUUAUGAUCUAUCUAUCAAAAAUACUGACAUUUUUAGUCUGUUACAAAAUUAUUUAUUAAUGAUAUGAGAUAAUAAUUUUAUGUUAUGUUUUAUUUAUUGGUUUGAAAUACUUCUGUAUCAGGGUGGUUUUAUGAGCGCUUUGAACUACACUCCAUCAUAAAACAAAAUGAAACUGAAAGUUAUGACUGCUAAAUGGUUGCACUUUUACAAAUAAAACUAUUAUA